AUGUCCGAAGGUAGUCGAAACGUCGAGUUCGAGAUACAGAUGACCGUACCGGUCACCACGAGACACUUGUACAAACUUCCUCCCGGACUGUCCAAUAACAGACCGUCAGGAUGGAUAGUUCAACAAGAAGUUGCUCGUAUGAUGGAUUCAUUGUUAGAUCCAUUUUCAUCAUUUGCGUCAUUUUCUAAACCCGUUCGGCGAACCAACCAAUCAUCAAAACGGUCACACAUCUACAGAUCCUCGUCACAACAAACGCAGACACAAAAUGUAGCAUCCAACACCAACCGCGCAAAUAAUGAUAAUCGGCCUAACGGUAAUCAUCAGCAGCAGCAACACAAACCAAACGGUCCGUCAGAGAAAUGGGCCGCUUCUCUAAGGAAGAGAGAUCCAGAGUUAUUGCCAGCUAUACGACCCACUAGAAGAGACAGGUGUUGUUCCCACCCCGGUGGGUAUAGAACAAAACCUGUCAUACCACCCCUUCACAAUCCCACGCCGUCGACGGCUCCUCGACCUUCUGACCAUAAGAAACAACUGCAGAAGACCAAAACCGUUGUUGGUUAUGAACCUCAUCUGGUAGACAUAAUCGAAAAAGACAUUUUGCAAAGGAACCCCAACGUCCAGUGGGAUCGGAUCGCAGGGCUUAAACACGCGAAAACUUUACUACAAGAAGCCAUGGUGCUACCUAUGCUGAUGCCGGAUUUCUUUAAGGGCAUCCGGAGACCGUGGAAGGGUGUCUUAAUGGUCGGUCCGCCCGGAACCGGAAAGACAAUGUUGGCAAAGGCUGUAGCAACAGAGUGCGGGACGACGUUUUUUAACGUUUCGUCAUCAACAAUGACGUCUAAAUACCGAGGAGAAUCGGAAAAAUUGGUCAGACUUUUGUUUGAAAUGGCAAAAAUACAUUCGCCGUCCACAAUUUUCAUUGACGAAGUAGAUUCGCUGUGUUCCUUGCGGGGUUCCGAAGGCGAACACGAAGCUUCUAGGAGGUUCAAAGCGGAACUCUUGAUUCACAUGGAUGGUUUGAACUCGUCCAGUGACGAAGAAAACAACCAAUCUAUUAUGGUCCUGGCGGCCACUAACCAUCCGUGGGAUAUCGAUGACGCUUUCAGAAGACGCUUCGAAAAGAGAAUUUAUUUGCCGUUACCAAAUGACGAGUCUCGGAUAACGUUGCUGAAACUGUGUUUGGAAGGCGUAAACUUAGACGACUCGUUCGAUUAUAGAUUUGUAGCCAAUAAACUAAGGGGCUACACAGGAUCGGACAUAGCUAACGUUUGCCGAGACGCAGCUAUGAUGGGCAUGAGACGCAAGAUUGUUGGACAGACCCCGGACCAGAUAAAAAACAUUAAACGUGCUGACAUCGACUUACCGGUAACGGUACAAGAUUUUAACGAAGCCGUUGAGAGGUGUAGGAAAACCGUCACCGGUCAAGACAUUGAAAAAUAUCAGUCGUGGAUAGACGAGUUUGGUUCAUUUUAA